CGCGCCCACCCGCACCCAGGAGCCGUACACCUGCUCUCUAGGCGCUAAAUCCAUUAGCAGCGUCCCAGGGCAAGUGGCAGCCACGAACAGGAGGAGACUUUUUUUUCUCGGAACAAGAUGCUGAGACACUGUUUAAAACAGGCAACUACCACAACGGUUCUCACCUUCCUUCUGGGAAGCCUAAUGUACCAAUCAUAUGCCAAGGCCAGAACAGCACCAUUGAAUGUGGAAGAAGAAGAAAAGAUACCAUGUCUCUUUCAAGACAACAGAGAAAUCUGCGGUCAUUUCAGAGUCAAGCGAGACACAAGUAGUUGUGACAAUAACGCUUACAUAACUGCAACUGUUAUAAAUAGUUCUCUUUUUCCAAUCACGUACACCUCUUCUCAGUUUGAUGCGUGUUUAAGCAACCAGACGGUGAAGGAAAACUUGCAUAUUUUAGUUGGAAAAAUUUAUAUGAUAAAUUUGCAGCAGACGAUUCUGAACAAAUUGGAUGAGGCCUACCCAUUUGGAGUUCCAGAAGAUCAGGUGCUGGUACUUCAACCUAUUGCAACAGUGGCCUCUGUAAAAAAUAUCAAUAACUGGAACAUUACAAAACUGUCAACACUGAAAACCUUAUUGAACACAUCCUAUGGAUCAUGGACUGCUAACCAGACGGCAGCACUCAUUGAACGCUAUUUAGGUGCUGGCAAUCCUCUUGAUUUAAAUUUGUUGCGAGUAAUUGGAGGGCCUGGCAUUUGCUCAUUUAAUAUAAAUACAAUGAGUAAUAUAAGUGAAGAAAUUCUGAGAGAUUUGGGGCCAAUAAACAUUUCUACAUGUUCUCUUGACAAGAAACAACUGUUGUAUGCUAAAGCCAAAUUAGCAUUCAUGGGUGAACGGAAUAACACCAAGCAGUACUACUCCGACUUGACCAGUUAUCUGGGUGGUGCUCCCCUGGAAGAUAUAAAAGGACUCAUUAAUGAUAAUUAUACUCUGGAUAUGCCAACACUCUUAACCUUAGACCCCAAUGUGUUACUGCAACUCAGUGUCCUAGAUGUCAAGAGAAUUCUUGGUGAGAAAAUAGUAACACUGCCUCAGUAUGAGAGUAACCCAGUAGUACAACAGUGGAUUGAUAGACAGCCACAGUCGGCCUUGACGUUCCUGAACCUCAACCUAACCGGGGGCUUGGUAUACACCAAUCCUCCAUGGGUAUUCUCCUUCCCCAUAUAUACACCAGUUCCUGGAAGAGGCUGCGUGAACUUGCCACAGGUGUUGGCCACAAUUCUGACUGCUUUGCUGAUGGCCUCAUGGCAGACGUUUAUGUGAUGGAGGCACUUCAAAGUGGCUGAAAUGCUGCUAAAUGGACUAAGAAUAAAGCGGGCUGCUGGAAUAUUCUGUUCUCUUUAAGAAAGAAAACUUGAGGCACACAAAGCAGGCACCUUUUGGAGUGUUUUUUUUUUCUUUUUCAUUUUUUCCUGAUAAAUACAUUUUUUAUUCCAGCUUUCAUUGUGCAAUUUAAUUUUGUCUGUAAUCUUUAUAAUGUAAUAAUGUUAGAAAAUGUUAAUAUAGCUGAACUGAAGCUGUUAUUAGGACUUGCUCACAAGUGCUUCAUGUCCUAAAGCUUGAGCAGCAUGGCAAGCUCUGUUGCUUUCUCGCUCUUAAUUUUAAAGAGAAACAUCACAUCAUUGUAUUAUGAGAUAUUUACUACAUAUUUAUUGUAUAUUGGAUAUAGGAUUUACAGGGAGAUUACUGCCAUACCAUGAAAUGAACGGGGUCAGGGACAUCUUGCUCAGCUUUCCCUUCCCUUAUGUGUUAUAUUUGAAUUUGCAAUGCCAAUGAAUCCUGUAAUGAAUAUUUUUAUUAUGUAUUGUUAAUGACUUCAUCUAUGUUAAACUUAAAAUUUGCCUUAAAGUAACAAUUACAGUAUAUAGACAUUUUUCCUUUAGGCAUUUGGAGCACAGACAGGUUAAGGGACUUGCUCAGGCUCACAUAAUGAGUCUGAAGUUGAUUGAAGCAAGAAGGGUUCAGGGCCUUAGCCACUACGUCAUACUGACAGCAGGCAAGUGACAUUUACUUCACCAUGUACCUUUCUCUAAUGACCACCAUGUCAAGCACAAAGCUCUUGUACAGCCACUCACAUAUUGUUUAAGAUUUACACAGGGAAUCAGAAAAGAGAACUUGACUACCAACCUUGUGCUUUAAAGUCUGAUGACUUGGUCACUGAGACACGCUGCCUACCACAUUAAAAUUUCUUUUCAAAAUGCUACCCAGAUACAUUUUUACAUUAAACUAGAAACUACAUUGCAUUUAACAACAUACCUGGAGCAUUCAACUACAAGUAAAACUCCCUGUUCAAUAAUGCUUGUGACAAGGCAGCCUAUCACUGUUUCAACUUCAGAAAACAUUUAGUGGCUAAGAGCCAAAGGUUUGUGGGGUGUCACCCCAUGAACCAAACAGGCAGUAUUACUAAAAGAAAGAGGAUUUUAAAAUAAAAUAUAAAAACAGUGCUUUCUGAGGUAUUGGGCACAGUUUUUAACUAAUAUGUAUAGCUUCUACAAGUAGCAGAAACUGGCAUUCAGUAAAACAUACUUGUUAGGCAAAUUCACAGAAACAUAGUAGCGUAAACUUCACAUGCAGGACUGUACUGACCAGGCGUCUAUGCCCAAAGAUGAACUAGUCAGGAUUAUCUGGAGACUUCCAGCUGGCCAAAUGGGUGUGCAAAUGUCACAGGGUUCUGCGAUGGCCUGGCACCUUGUCUAGGGCCGAUUCCUGCCUUAUGUUCUGUGCUGCCAGGGCAGGCUCAGCUGGCCCCAACUUGGAGUAAGUGGGAUUGGAAAAGUGCAUUUAUGUUGCGUCCAUCACACUUGGUGUAGUUCAGGGGCCGUUGACUUUCCUAGCAGUAUAGGGCACAGGGCAGGUUCAAACCUCGGAAACCCUUAAUAGUGCUAUGUGUAAAAACAUGCCAAUAACACAAUUACUUUGAAAGGUGGAUUUUUCCACAUUUUUUUAGAAAAGUCCAGCAUACAUUUUUAUUAGGAUAUGAUUUUUUUUUACUUUUCAUGCCAUCACAGACUACAAGUACA